UCUCCUUUCCCUCCCUCCCUCCUCUUCCUCCUCCUCCUCCUCCUCCCCCCGCCCCCCUGCCGCAGCGUCUGACGUCCCCGCGCAGGGGCACCAGCAGCACCUGCCCAGCACCGCCGGCUGCCGCUGCCGCCGCUCCCGGGCCGCCUGGCAGAGGAGUGGACGUGCAAACAUGACCCUGCAGUGGGCAGCAGUGGCAAGCUUUCUCUAUGCCGAAAUAGGACUCAUUUUAAUCCUCUGCCUACCGUUUGUUCCUCCUCAGAGAUGGCAGAAGAUUUUCAUGUUCCCACUUUGGGGUAAAAUUGCAACUUACUGGAACAAGGCAUUCCUUACAAUUAUUGUCCUGUUGAUUGUUCUUUUUCUUGAUGCUGUGAGAGAAGUGAAGAAGUACUCCGUCAGUCAUGGGCUUGAGAAGAGUUCAAACAGCAAUCCCAGUGCUUAUGAACAUGUACAGAUGAAACUUUUUAGAGCACAAAGGAAUCUUUACAUUUCUGGAUUCUCCUUAUUUCUGUGGCUUGUAUUGCGACGUCUGGUUACCCUCAUUACUCAACUGGCCAAAGAGUUGGGAAUCAAAGGAGUGCUGAAAAUUCAAGCAGAUAGUAACAAUGAUGCUGCCAAAAAAUACAUGGAAGAGAAUGAAAGGCUAAAACAGGCCUUGGAGAAAACUGGCAAGGGAGAUGAACAGAUGACAGAUGCAGAAAAUAAAAAACUAAAGGAAAAUAUGGAAAAACUGAAAACCGAGUUAAAGAAGACUUCAGACGCCCUUUCUACGGCCCACAAUGAAGUAACCACAAUGAAGAAGCAAUCUGAGAGUCUUUCAAAGGAAUAUGACCGCCUUUUGAAAGAGCACACACAGCUUCAGGAAACUUUAGCAAAGAGUGAAAAGAAAAAAGACCUCUGAAAGAAGAUUUUGAUGUGGCAAAUGGGUGCCAUCGUCUGUGUUGAGUUGGUGAAUUGAUUUAACAAGUUUGGCCUCUGCAGCCUUUAAAAUGAAAUGGAAUGUUAAGAAACAAUGCACUGUUCAUCACUAGCCAAUCAUAGCUCUUGAAUGCCAUAUAUGUCUCCUGUGUUGCAAUGGCGAUGUCAGUAAUGUAUGCUAUAUUUGGUUGUGUGUCACAUCUACUGUGAAAUCUGUACUCCAGCUCCUGAAGAGAAAAAAAAAAGUAUUUGAAGCACAAUCAUUACAUAUCAAACACUGCUGCUGUUCUGUAUUUUCUUUUCCUGAAAAAAAAGAAAGGAAAAAGUUAUCUGACAAUGACUUCUACCAUCUGAGUGUGUUUAAGUUGUACAGGCCUAGACUUGAAAACACUGAUAUUACAUCAAUGAAGACAAGAAUACAUUUAACUGAAUUAUUAUUACAAUUGUAAUUUAGAAAUGGUCUUUACUAUCAGGAAAUGUUUUUCACAAGGAGAAUAGGUACAGAUGAUCUUCAUCAGCCAUUAUGUUUUUAUAUGCUGGGGUCUGAAAAAAAAUCUAUAAAAAUGAGGCUGUUAUUUUUUUAAAUCGAUGUCAUUGUGCGUCAUAUUCACACAUCAGCUAGAUUGACAGCUGUGUUUUGCUCAUUGGGUUUCUGCAUGAGCUUAGUUGUUUUUCUUAGUAAUUUCAGAGUUAUAAAAACAAUUAAUAAAAAUGUUGGCUUCUCAAAGUCU